CUUUCACUUCCGUAUUGACAAUGAUGGCAGCUUUGAUUGUCAACUUGUUUGACAUUUGUGCUUCUGGUGAAAAAAAUUGUUGUUUUUGCAAAUUGUGCGUCGCUUCUAACUUUAUAAGUGCAUAAAAAAUCAAACAACAUUUUCACAAAACAGUAUGGUUGCCAUUCAGGGGCCGAACUAGUGUUUUUGUGUGUGUGGGAGUUCCAUAACCUCAAUCAUGAGUGGCUUCAACUACUCUGGUUUCCAAAUGAACCAAAAGCGGCAUAAUGCCGUGCCGCCGCCCCCCAUGAGUGGCGUAAGCAAGCAGGGCUAUUCCACUAUGAAUGCGAUAAGUCAGAAUGCCUUAUCUGCUGCUUGGGGCGGUAGCCGCAAACGGGCUGCCACCGAGGAUGAGUAUUUUGAGGACGAUGAGGAAGAAACUGUGCCAGAUCUCGCGUACAUACCUGCCCCCGGCAGCCCCACGCGUGUCGAAACCAAGAAACAAGAGGUGCCAAACGAUGAUGAUGAUCCUUUAGAUGCCUACAUGGCAGGGAUUGAAAAACAGAUGAAGUCGGAGAAACCGGGCAGUUCGUCGCAACCGACUGGGGUUAGGAACGAUUUGGAGGAGGAAGACGUUGAAGAAUCGUAUUAUAGGUAUAUGGAAGAGAAUCCGAACGCGGGGUUAGCCCCAGUUGAGGAAGAAUUAGACCUAGAAUAUGACGAAGACGGUAACCCUAUCCCCCCAGAUAAGAAAAAAAUAAUCGACCCUUUGCCCCCCAUCGACCACUCAACAAUCGAAUACAAACCCUUCGAGAAAAACUUCUACAACGAACACCCAGAAAUCGCGAGUUUAUCAAACAAACAAGUGGCCGAAUUGCGCAAAACUUUCGACAUCACCGUUUCAGGCACACACCCACCUAAACCCGUCUCGUCCUUUGCCCAUUUCAACUUUGACGAUAAACUCCUCAAAGCCAUAAUUAAAGCUGAGUACACCUCGCCCACUCCAAUUCAAGCACAAGCUGUUCCUUGUGCCCUUCAAGGGCGCGAUGUUUUGGGCAUCGCCCAGACUGGAAGCGGUAAAACCGCUGCUUUUUUAUGGCCACUGCUUAAACACGUGUCGACGCAGCCCCCAGUCACGGCAGGCGAAGGCCCAGCGGCUUUAAUACUCGCCCCCACACGAGAAUUGGCCAUUCAGAUAUACAACGAGGCGAAAAAAUUUGCCCGUGUUUACGAUUUGACGGUGGUUUGUGCGUAUGGAGGCGGGUCGAAGUGGGAGCAAAGUCUGGCGUUGAAAGAGGGGGCUGAUAUUGUUGUUGCCACUCCUGGGAGGAUUAUAGAUCAUGUGAAAGGGGGCGCUACGAACUUGCAAAGGGUGACGUUUUUGGUGCUGGAUGAAGCCGAUCGGAUGUUUGAACUGGGGUUUGAGCCACAGGUUAGGUCGGUUUGUAACCAUGUGAGACCUGAUCGGCAAACGUUGCUGUUUAGUGCGACGUUUCGGAAAAGGAUUGAGAAGUUGGCGAAGGAUGCGCUGAAUGAUCCUGUGAGGAUUUCACAAGGGAUUACAGGGCAGGCUAACGAGGAUGUGACUCAGAGGGUUCUUUUGAUGGAAAACCAACAGUUGAAGAGGGAUUGGUUGGUGAAUAAUUUGGUCGAGUUGUUAUCCGCUGGUUCGGUGUUGGUGUUUGUCACGAAGAAAGUUGAUGCCGAACAAUUGGCCAACGAUUUAAAAGUCAAAGAAUUCGAAUGUUUGUUACUCCACGGUGAUAUAGAGCAGGCCGAGCGUAACAAGGUUAUAACCGCAUUCAAGAAAAAAGAAUGUAGCUUAUUGGUGGCCACGGACGUUGCGGCCCGCGGUCUAGACAUCCCCCACAUCCGUACGGUGGUUAAUUACGACAUAGCACGUGAUAUUGACACGCACACGCACCGGAUUGGUCGAACGGGGCGUGCCGGCAAUCAAGGCACCGCCUACACGUUAAUCACGCCCAAAGAUAAGGAAUUUGUGGGCCAUAUUGUUAAAAACUUGGAAGCGGCGCAUCAAGACGUACCUCAGGAAGUGCUAGACUUGGCAUUGCAAAGUUCAUGGUACAGGAAACAGCGAUAUAAGAGUAAAGGUGGUAACCCGAACGUGGGCGGGGUUGGGCUGGGCUUCAAGGAGAAAGUGGGAGGGGCUUCGAAGACUUUCGUGGGGGAAUCACACAGCCAGUCUCGAGGGCCGGCCACUGAUCGCUUAUCGGCGAUGAAAGCGGCUUUCAAAGCCCAAUACAUGAAUCAGUUUACAGCAAGUUCUGACCCGGUUCCACAAGCUCCGCCCCCCGCCUCCACACGAAAGAAGAGUAGAUGGCAGUGAUUUUUUUCUAGAUUAAUGUUGUAGGUGUAAUUUUUAUGCAUGGACUUUUGAUUAAAGUUGUUAGUGUUAUUAAAGCGAUUUCAUCCAGAA